AAACAAAAUAUCAUUGUUCUCGAAAACACUUGAUUACACAGAAUUGUCGUUUUCAAACUCAUAAACUUGUUAAUAUGGAGGUAGAGACUCGCACGCAAGAAGUGAAGGAUAUAACUCAUGUGGAGCGUAUUGGAGCCCAUUCUCACAUCCGUGGAUUAGGUCUUGAUGAUACAUUGGAGCCAAGAGAGGUUUCACAAGGUUUGGUGGGUCAGUGUCGUGCAAGAAAGGCUGCUGGAAUUGUGGCAAAGAUGA